AUGAGUGAAUACAAUGCAAAUAUUCAACCAGACGACAACUAUGCUGAAUCUGUACAUGGCGAUGAAUACGAGGAUAUAUUUGAUGAUCUUAAUAAUUCUGGUGACGACGAAGAAGAUCGGGCAAUCAUCAUAGUGGGAAUCUGCGCACAAUGGAAGAAAAUCAAAGCAAAGCCGAUGGAAGAGAUUUUACACCGGCUUGAGCAAUACGAAUUUUUACGUAUUCUUAUUUUUCCUGAAACUACUAUACAUGAGAAACCUGUUAAAGAAUGGCCGUUCUGUCACGUACUCAUUAGCUUUCAUAGUAAAGGAUUUCCUCUUGCGAAAACACAGGAAUAUGCACGUCUACACAAGCCAUUUCUUAUUAACGAUCUUGACAAACAAUGGGAUAUUAUGGAUCGAAUUAAAGUUCAUGAAAUCCUCCGAGAUGCUGGCAUCGUACAACCACGAUACGGUGUCCUUCGAAGGGCAAGGAACCCAGAUGGAACAUGGGAAACAUUAUCCGCUGUUAUUGAGCAAGAAGAUCAAAUUGAAAUCGACGGAGAAAUAUUCCAUAAGCCAUUCGUAGAAAAGCCAGUUUCGGCAGAGAAUCACGAUGUCUACAUCUAUUUUCCAUCAUCAGCAGGUGGCGGUUCACAGCGACUGUUUCGAAAGAUCGGUAGUCGAAGCAGUGUGUAUACAUCCGAAAAUGCUAUUCGUACAGAUGAUUCCUACAUUUAUGAAGAAUUCAUGCCUACAGAUGGUACAGAUGUUUAUACUGUUGGUGCUGAAUAUGCACACGCUGAAGCGAGAAAGUCUCCUGGUCUUGAUGGCAAAGUCGAACGGGAUGAAUUUGGUAAAGAAGUUCGAUAUCCAGUUAUCUUACGUGCUGAUGAAAAAUUAAUCGCCAUGAAAAUAUGUCUCGCUUUUAAGCAAACGGUGUGUGGUUUUGAUUUACUUCGUGCUGAAGGCAAAUCAUUUGUUUGCGAUGUUAAUGGUUUCAGUUUUGUUAAAAAUAGCACGAAAUAUUAUGAUGAUUGUGCAUCCAUUCUCGGACAUAUGAUUAUGCGCGAACUAUCACCCCAAUUAUGCAUUCCGUAUCCGAUAGCGUAUCAACCGGAUGAUCCGCCCUACGUGCCAACGGCUUUUGGCACCAGGAUGGAAUUACGUUGCGUUAUUGCAGUAAUUCGACACGGUGAUCGUACACCAAAACAAAAAAUGAAAAUGGCUGUUUUGCAUCCAUUAUUUUUCCAGUUGUUCGAAAAAUACAAUGGACCAAAAACCGGUCAUCUAAAGCUGAAACACCCUGGUCAACUUCAGGAAGUUCUUAAUAUUGCUCGACAAUUAUUGUGGGAACUUAAUGCCAACGAAAUAAAUCAAUUUCCUAACUCGCCAGAAACGAAAGGAAAACUAAUGCAACUAAAACAAGUCCUAGAACUAUAUGGACAUUUCUCUGGAAUCAAUCGAAAAAUUCAAUUGAAAUACUUGCCGAAAGGCUUACCGAAAAAGUCCAGUAGCGAAGAUGAAGCAUCAGACAUUCCUUCACAGCCGUCGUUGUUGUUGGUCGUCAAAUGGGGUGGUCAGUUAACUCAGACAGGCAAGAGUCAAGCUGAAGCACUUGGAAAAGCUUUUCGUAAAAUGUAUCCUGGUGGUCAAGGUGCUGGUGGUGAUCGGCCCGAUGUCGGACUUCUCCGUCUACACUCGACAUUCCGACAUGAUUUGAAAAUCUACGCAUCGGAUGAAGGUCGUGUACAGAUGACUGCAGCUGCGUUUGCAAAAGGUUUACUAGCACUCGACGGUGAACUAGCUCCCAUACUUGUACAAAUGGUGAAAAGCGCGAAUACCAACGGCCUACUUGAUAAUGAUGUUGAUUCGACAAAGGAACAACAGAAAGUAAAACAAGCAUUACACGAUUUAUUAGCAACCGAUCGGCCUUUUACUCCUCAAGAUUACGACAUUAUCGCACCGACUCGUUCCAAAUCAUUGAUAUCAUCAAUGGAUUUUAUUAAGAAUCCCGUAACUAUUUGUCGAAAAAUCGUUGAAUAUAUUCAUGAAAUGACUGAACUAAUUCAAUCACGUAUUGUAAAAGAUACUCUGGAUCCACUCUACCAUUCCGAAACAUGGGAUUUGUGUUUAAGACGCUGGCUUAAAUUAGAAAAGGAUUUUUACGAUACUCAAAAAGAUAAGUUCAAUAUAUCCAAAGUACCUGAUAUAUAUGAUUCCAUUAAAUACGAUCUCCUACAUAACAAAACUAUUCUUCAAUUUCCACAUGCUGUUGAUCUCUAUCUUUGUUCAAAAGCAUUAGCUGAUAUCGUUGUACCACAAGAAUAUGGUAUGACUGUCGAAGAAAAAUUGAGUAUCGCACGUGGUAUUGUCACACCGUUAUUACGUAAAAUUCGAGCUGAUCUUCAAUGUAAUUUAACUGGCGUUCUUACACACGAUGAACAUGUGAAUAAACUCGAUCCAAGAAUUUUAAAAACAAACUCUCCUCGUAUAGUUCAUUCCACGUCUGCAUGUUCAUGCAUCUAUUCCAAGGGCAUUCAAACACCUGGACGACACGUUCGAACACGACUGUAUUUUACUAGUGAAUCUCAUGUACAUUCACUUCUGACUGCUAUUCGUUACGGUGGUUUAUUAGACACAUCGUCGGAUCAACAAUGGAAACGUUCAAUGGACUAUCUAGAUACUGUUUCCGAAUUGAACUAUUUAACACAAAUUGUUAUCAUGCUGUACGAAGAUUCGAGUGAAGAGGAAAAUUCUGAGAAGCGUUUUCAUGUUGAAUUACACUUUUCGCCGGGAGCUUAUGGAUGUCUCGGUGUUGCACCAGAAAUCGAUCCUAUCACAUCCAAUGCAAAUAACAUUCGCACAAUUCUACCAAAGAGUAACCGUGAAGCGGCGCAUAGCCCUCCAAGACAUCGAGCAAAAUUAUCUUUACCAGAGUCGCCAUUGUCAGUCAUUACCGAGCCACAACUUUCAUCAUCAUUACCACAAUCAGAACUAAUCACUACAGUAUCAAAAGAAAACGAAACAGCUGAUGAUUCUAGUUUAAUAUCCGCUCGCAGUACUAAAUCACCAGAAAAGACUGAUCCACGAGUUAUUAAACAACGUUCGUUUUCGACCAAAACAAUCUAUCGUAGCAAUAGUGGAAUGACACCGAGUCGUUCGUCUGAACAGACGAAUAUCGAUGCAUUACAUUCUCCAUCUACACAAAGUCCUCCUCCUCCUCAUCAUCAUCGUUCAAUCAAACCAAAAUCAUUGGAAGACGACGAAUCUGAUCUACAACAAAUAACCGCACAGCAGUCUGAAUCGUAUCCUUUAACCUUGCCGGGAAUGCGUCGAAAGUCGAGUGCACUAUUUGGUAUUUACUCGAACAAAUCUCGUUUUCAAGCAGACAUUACAGAUAAUCUUGAUUGUUCACGUCGAAAUUCGGGUACACUAUACAAAAUAUCCUUAUUGCCACACAGUUAUUACAAUACAAUACAUGGAGCAUCGCCCGAUAAACAUAUAUUUUCAGCUAAUUACCCACCAUUGACAAGUAUAUUCAGCACAAGAGUUAUUAGUGGUGCGAAAUCAACACCGGAGUUGAAUAAGCUACUUGAGCACAAACAUGCCGGACUUAUCUAUUCUGACUCUGCAAUUGUUGCACCAUUAGAGACAUUGAAUACUAAUUUAAAUUAUAAAAUUCUCGAUGAUUUUAUCGGUAAAAUUACUGAUUCCAGUAUGAAAUUCUCCUCUAUUAUCGCUCAUACUAACCCGACUAACUCUCCCAGUCUAAACUCAACAAGCACACAACCAAUACUCGCGCCUUACGUCGUAAGCAAUCGAUUCAGUGUCGAAUCAGUUGACAAUAACGGUCUCUAUGGGAAUGAUAAAAAGCUACGUGUAGGCUUUGGCAAAUUAACACAGUAUUCGAUCAAUACGAUAACCGAACUUCCUGAACGAACUCUCGAAGAAGAACGCUGA